CAAAAUGUUCUCAAAUCUUUUUAUCUUCCUUGUACUUUCCCUUCUCCUGUCUACAGUAUCCGUAUCCGCUGGAGCUAUUCGUCAGCGACGUGCAACUCCAGAGCUAUUCAAUCCGAAUGGAGUAAUUGUGAAUAUGGUGUCGGAUCCUGUGGCUGGAGGACCAAUGGAGAUGGGCUGGCUCCAAGUACCACAUAUUGAUAAUCCGAUGUAUGCGCCGGUCGAGGAGAAGAAAGCUUGAAUUUAUCUUGGUUUUACAAACUCUCUUGGUUUUAAUAAAUUUGAACUUGAAA